GUGACUGCAUGCCGCUCCGAUCACGUGCCCCCGGCCGCUUUGUUGCAUCGAGCCCAGGCCCGGGGCCUCCAUGAUGCUGCUGCUGAUGAUGAUGAUGAUGAUGAUGGAUUACCGGCCUGGCUUUCCCGCAGCCACUUCAGACGACGACGAAGAAGAAGAGGAAGACGACGAGGAGGAGGAAGAAGAAGAAGAGGAGGAGGAGGAAGAAGGACAGCGGCAUAAGCCCCUCCCCAGCAUGGCGUGUCCCAGUCAGGUUCACAUGGGUGGAGUAGAUAGUGUUUGUCACACGCAACAGGAGUUGGUGAAGAAGACAAUGGAAUGUGGCUGGAGGCUCGCUGAAGCUCAACAGAGACUUUGUGAUUUGGAACUGCACAAUUCCGAGUCUUUGGAACAAGAACGGGCCAAAGCACAGGUUGAAUUCUGGGAACUGAAGCAAAAAGAAGAGGAAUGGAGGCAAAAGGAGGAAGAGCUGACCUGGAAUGAGAGGCUAAGUUCAUGGAACAUUGAUACAAACAGUAGGGAAGGUUUUAAUAAGAGUAUGAUCAAUAAAAAAUCUAAAGAAAUAGAGGAAGAUGGGAAAAAUGUAACUUUUGUACAGAGAUAUCACCAGCAGAUCAGGCACUUUGGCAUGUUGAAGCGAUGGGUUGAUAGCCAGAGAUAUUUAUCGGAUCACCCUCACCUCAUUUGUCAAGAUACGGCAAACUACCUAAUAAACUGGUGUUUUAAUUUAAAAAAGGAAGAGAAACAAGCACUGAUGGAACAGGUGGCACACCAAACUGUUGUGAUGCAGUUCAUUAUCGAACUGGGCAGAAGUCUUCAGCAAGAUCCUCGUGGCUGCUUCAGACAGUUUUUUGAGAAAGCAAAAAUAGCUGAAGAAGGUUAUAUGGACGCAUUUAACAAUGAACUAGCAGAGUUUAUUCAACGGGUUCGAGAAUUUGCAGAAACCAAGACUGCAGAAACAGUAUCAAUGCAUAAUGUGGCUCAGCACUUGAAUCAUUUGAAUGUUCAUGGUUUGCCUCCGAUGGAAGUGUUUGAAUCUCUGCCACUGGAACUCAAACGGUGUUUCCAGUUGCAAGACGUCCAUGUCCUUCAGAACACGCUAAGCAACAUGGACCCACAGGUUGCUGAGCACUACUUGCAGCGCUGUAUAGAUGCAGGCUUAAGGAUCUAUAAUACUAAAGAAGCCAAAGAAGAAAGAAAUGAAGAACCUAAAAUGGACAUAUCUUAACUGUUUGGCAAUAACACAAUUAGAUGAUUGCAUAAAAAAUUUCACGACAGUGGAAGAAAAGCCUGUUUUUGUAUGUAACCGUUGACUUGCCUGUGUGGAUGCUGCACUUUAUUUGUAAGGUUUGUUUAAAACUAAAAAAAAGUAUGAUUUUGAAGCAUUCAAAUGCCGGCUGUUCUGAAAAAGGAUUUGCUAAUCACCUUCUACCUAAUCGCUUCCCCAGUACAUACACUUCAAGAUACCUUCUGGCUUAGUUUGCUAAGAGUCACUUGAGAUUGCACAGUGUAUCUAACUGGUGUGCAUAUUUUGGCCUCCUUUAUUACUGUGGUGAUUAGAGGUAUACAGUAUUUGCUACAUUCCUGAAAACAGUGGCAGCCUAGUCAGAGAGAUUUCAUUUCGUAUACAAAUCCAAGUUUUUCACAAACAGAAAAGGGAGGUGUAGGGCUGGUGCCUUUAACUUUCACCACACAACAACUAUUCUCUUUUUAAUAAAAACAAAGUUGAGCAUGAAGCAGAUUUCCCCACUCGGACUUAACAUCACCAAUAUUGAUGGAGAAAACAGUCUUUGGUACCCGACCUGAGAAACAACUGGAAGUCGACCAAAACAUUGCAGACUGAAACCUACAUUUUUUUUUAAAGCAAAAUCAAAUGAAUAUUGCUAGGAAACGGGAGAAAUUACUUCUCUUUAAUGGUAGGUUCAAAUGUCCUUAUUUCAAAAGAUAAUGUUUAGUUAUUUUUUAAAAAAAUCUUUUCAAUUGAUGACUUAACACAGAUCUGUUUCCUUAAAGAAAUCUUGUAUAAGCAAAAGGUGUACCAUUGAUUAAAUCUUAAGCUGACCAAAUGGGUGGUAUUGAUGUCAAAGUAUGUGCAAAGAACUAACUCCGAUUUUUUUUUAUGCACACAUUAUUUCAGCCUUACUAAUGAAGACAAUGCAGACUGAAUGUGCAGAGGAAUGUGACUGUUUCAUUAAGUAUGAGAGCAGCAGAGAUCAGUUAAUACCUAUAUACUGGAAAAGUGCACCAUUUGUUGGAACGAAAUCUAAAAGACUCAUUUUUUGUUGUUAAAAAUUAAAUAAUAGAUUACAACACAGCAAGUCCUGGGACACGUUUAAGGAAUGUUGAUGAUGCAAUAAACCAGUUCAGCUUGUCUAUGCUGUCAGAGUAUCCUUGCACAGCUGUUCAUCUUGCCCAUCGUGGGUCUAGAUCACUGGAGCACAGAAAUUCGAGUAACUGGGAUGCACUAACUUGGCUUUCCAAUUAACCUGUUUAUAAAAAAAAAUGAAACUUUUGAGUUACAAUUGGGUUUGUUUCUGGAAAGCAAAGUGAGGUCAAUGUUGAAGAUUUGAAAUUAAAACAAAGUGGCAGACCACCUCAGCAAGGCUAGAAGCAUAUGUGGAGCAAGAAGCAGUAGACAGAAUCCCAACACUUCCAAAAGCUGUUGGAUUCAACACUAACUGUUUCUCCCUCCACCGGUCCUGUCAGAACUGCUGAGUUACUCCAGCACUUUUUCUUAAUUUAUUUUUCAUGUUGUCCAUGAAAUUCUGUGCAGUGGUGAUGGUAGUCCAAGAAUUUGUACAGAUUUUAAGACUUGUGCAACUUGACUGUCUAAAAUUAUGCUCAGUCAUGAAAAAUUACUGUGUACUUCAUGAAGAAAUGUGCACAUGAUCUGCAGAACAACUGGACAAAUUAAACUUGAAUCAGAGUACUAAGGUUAUAACAGUGCAAUGUGGUAUCCAAUUAAAUGAAGACCCUGAUGCUUGAGUGGGAGUUAGGAAACAGUUCUAAAAUAAGCUUUAGUAUGAACUACCAGCCAUCAAUUUUACACUGAUAAUGAAUUUUGAGACUAUUUGUAGCUGAGGUUGAGGUUCUGGAGGUAGGUUUGCUUGCUGAGCUGGAAGGUUCGUUUUCAGAGGUUUCAUUACCAUACUAGGUAACAUAGUCUGGGCUUCAUCCAAAGGUUCAAUGAAGAUGUUACCUAAUAUGGUGACAAAACAUCUGAAAACAAACCUUCCAGUCCAGCAAGCAAACCUAUAUCCACAUUUUACAGAGAGUUUCAAACAUUGACCAAAAAAAAGUGCAGAUGUUGCAAAUCAAAGAAAAACAGAAAAUUCUGGGAAAUGCUCAGGUCGACCUGCAUCUGUUGAGAGAAAGUUACUUUUUCAGGCCAAUGACUUUACACCAGAACUUAAUCCCGUCUAAUCCUUUACCAGUUUGGUUAUCUUAAUCUUGCAUUAAAUAAGUCAUAACUACUGAUUAUCUAACAGUUUGUGGUCAUUUUAUGCCAAUUCUUUCCAUACAAAUAUAUAGAAGUAAACUGCACUUUUGAUGCAUAAGAGUGCUCACCAACUUUUUUUGUAUUAGUUUACUUAAUGUACAUUUAAAUAAAACCUAGUUACCAAUUGG